AUGGAGCCGGAGCCGUCGGCGCCCCCUCCCGCCCACUUGGCCCCCAUGAAAUCAUGGCCGGGGCUGCUGCGGGUGCUGGGGGGGCUGCAGCUGCUCUUUGGUGGCACCGUCUUCGCCUGCGUCUGCGCCUACGUGCAGCGCGACGCUGCGUGGCUCACUGGCGAGCUGCCCGCCUGGGGGGGCGCCCAGGGAGCCCCGCUGAUGCCCUUCGUGCUCGUGGUGGCCACCGUGGCCUGGCUGCUGAGCGCCGUCCUGCUGGGACUCAGCGCCACCUCCUACCACCGGAGCGUCCUGCUCCGGGCGGCCUGGUGGCCCCCGACCAAGGCGGCCCUCCAUGCCCUCCUCUUCCUCCUGUACGUGGCGGCCGCGGGGGCCUACGUGGACACUGUCACCCUUGGGGGGCUCUGCUCCUCGCCGCUGGCUGGCGGCCCCCUCCUCAGCGCUCUGUGCCGCCUGGCCGGGGGGCAGGCGGCCGCCCUCGUCUUCCUCUUCCUCACCGCGCUGCUCUACCUGGCCAGCAGCAUCGUCUGCAUCAAGAUGUGGCGACACGAGGCAGCCCGGCGGCGCCGGGGCACCCACCCUCCGCAUGCCCAGGUCCAGCACGUUGUCUUUGAGGAUGAGAUGGGGCCCUCCCAGGCAGGGAAUGAGGCACCCACCCAUGGGGAGAAGCUGGAGACUCCAGGACGCUCCAUGUCCCUGGCCCGUGCUGUCCCAGACUAUGUGCUAAAGUACCCGGCGAUCCGGAGCGCGCCGCAGAGGGAGCAGUACAAGGCCGUGUUCUGCGACCAGCUCGCCGAGUACCGGGAGCUGCGGGGCCGGCUCCGCGCGGCGCGGCGCGCGCUCGGCGAGCUCGACGCGCUCAUGAGCCGGGCGCCGCGGCGCGCGCCCCGCUGGGAGGAGCAGCAAAGGGUGACCCAUGUCUGGCAGGACUACGUCAGAGUGAAGAGGACCCAGGGCCUGUCCCUCCUGGAGAAGCAGGAGCGCUGCAACUACCUGAGGAAGAAGCUGCUGCACAUCAAGUCCCGGAUCCGCGAGUACGACCAUGCUGCUCCCGAGAGCUCCGUUUGCUUCUGA